AUGUUGUUUUUAAGUAAAAUAUGUAAACAUUGGCAUUAUAAAACAUGGCAAAGAUAUACUGCCGGUUACCUGAGAACAUUCAUAAAGAACCGCCUACCUAACAAUGAACUAAUAGGAUAUGUAAUAAAUGAUAAGCACCCAAAGUCAAUAAGGGUUGCUUGUGAUAGGUACUCUUAUCUAAAUAUAUGUUGUUGUAGGUAUAUGUAUGUGGUUCGAUACAAGAAGACGUUUAGAAUGACCAAAAAGGUGUGGGCACAUGAUGAAUACAAAGAAGCAAGACUGGGUGAUAUAGUCAGAAUACAACCUCUUGGAUACAGGAUAGGACCCUGGAAAACAUAUGUAUUAACCAGAAUACUGCAUACCCAAAACCCACAUCUUGAUAACAUUUAA